GAUAAUGUGUGCAGUAUUCAGUACAGCAUGUGCAUGUGUGACUGCAAGACUGAUCUGAUCUCUCUCCCUCUUUUGUCUGCUUUGCAGCUGCUUUUCUUAUUUCUCUCUCUUCCUGCUCAGGAAAGCUUUACUUUCAUCUGGCUCCCAAUUCAGCCUAUUCAGUUCCCCUUAGUGAGAAGCUCUUGUUUGAUUGUACUCAUAAGGAAAUUUAUUUCCACCUAUAUAACACUAAAAAGGAAACUCUUUCACUGCAGAAGAAAUCCUUGAACCCAAAAUUAUAUUUUCCCUUUGCUGCCCCCUUAAUAAAUCCACACAGACGUCGGUGGAAAAAAAAAAAGGCAAAGUUGUUCUCUGGGCAGUGAUUCAUUUACUUUGCUGGAAAAAAUCUGGGGAGAGCAAUCAGGAAAGAAAGAAACACACAUUGGCAGAUUUAAGACCUUUUCAGCGUCUGUUCCAUGUGUUUAGACCAUUAAGUGGAUGGGGCAAGGAAAAGGGAUGGGACUGAAGUUCAGCUGCUGCCUACUCUAUCUGCUCUUGUGCAUCAUGUCAAGUAAGAGCAGCACAGAUAAAGGUUUAAUGAACACAACACAGUGGUAUGAAGAGUGGGAAGUUGUCUAUCCAGCUCUUUGGGGAUCCCAAAAUCCCAAAGAGGAAGAAAGGAAAGCUUUGGUGUCAUCAGGAACUCCUUCAACUGACAGAAACCAUAGCAACAUUCACAGUUCUUCAUCAUAUAACCAGGCUGCUGUUAGUUCUCGGGAAGUACGCUCUGUGUCCUCUCCUUCAACUACCUCUACAUAUUAUCACCUUAGUCAAGAAGAGGAACAGGAAAAUGAAAGGUUUGAGCCCCAAGAUAUGUAUCACUUGUCACAAUUUUCAUGGAUUUCUAAAGAAAAAACAACCAACGCAUCAUCUCCCAAUGCAUCGAUACCAGUAUCAGUUCUUUCUUCUGGCAAGUCUAUUACUUCUCUGAAACAGAGUGAGAAUGCUGGAAAGAUGAGACUAAAGAUUCCAGUCUUCGGAUUAGAACUUUAUUUGUUGCUGAAAAGGGAUAACCAUUUUUUGGCCCCUGGCUUUGUAGUUGAACAGAGGCACCGGGAGUGGAGAGGAUCUUCUGUACAGGAUACAGAUAGAGAGUGCUAUUACAGUGGUACUGUUCUUCGCCACCCUGGGUCCUUUGCUUCCUUUAGCACGUGUGGUGGACUGAUGGGAUUCAUACAAAUGAAUGAAGAUUUUAUUUACAUUGAACCGCUUAAUCAAACCAUGGCAGUUGCUGGCCAUGCACAUCGUGUUUACAGGAGAAAGAGGGCUACAGAAAACAAGUCUUGGGAAAAAAAGUCUAAUCAUCAGCCAUCCUGUGGAAUUACAGAUAGAAGGAGGACAAGGAACUAUAAAGCAUCUGAUACUGGGAGAGGGAAGAGGUACUCAUUCAAACAAGCACAACAAUACAACAUAGAAACUGUGGUGGUUGCAGAUCCUGCCAUGGUGUCUUAUCACGGACCAGAAGCCACUAGAAAGUUUAUUCUCACCAUACUAAACAUGGUAUACAACCUUUUUCAACAUAAAAGUCUUGGAGUCCAAAUGAAUCUUCGAGUUACAAAAUUGGUUCUGCUGCAUGAAUCACCAGUAGACAUGUACAUUGGACAUCAUGGGGAAAAAAUGUUGGAGAGCUUUUGCAAAUGGCAACUUGAGGAAUUUGGAAAGAAGAAUGAUGUUCACAUGGAAAUGUCAACAAGCUGGGGAGAAGAGUAUUCAGCAGUAGAUGCUGCAAUUCUAAUAACAAGAACGGAUUUCUGUGUCCAUAAAGAUGAACCAUGUGAUACUGUUGGUAUUGCUUAUUUAAAUGGAAUGUGCAGUGAUAAACGGAAGUGCAUUAUUGCAGAAGACAAUGGUUUGAAUCUGGCAUUUACUAUUGCACAUGAGAUGGGCCACAACAUGGGAAUCAAUCAUGACAAUGACCAUCCAUCUUGUGCAGAUGGUCUACAUAUUAUGUCUGGUGAAUGGAUUAAAGGACAAAAUCUAGGCGAUGUCUCAUGGUCCAGAUGUAGCAGAGAAGACCUUGAAAGGUUCCUCAGGUCGAAAGCCAGUAACUGCUUGCUGCAGACAAAUCCCCAAAGCCUUAGUUCUGGAAUAAUUCCCUCCAAAGUGCCAGGGAUGACGUAUACAGCAGACGAACAAUGUCAGAUUCUCUUUGGACCAGCAGCUUCAUUUUGUGAAGAAAUGCAGCAUGUUAUUUGUACAGGGCUGUGGUGUAAACUGGAUGGUGAAAAAGAAUGUAAAACAAAUUUGGAUCCACCAAUGGAUGGAACAAGGUGCGGACUAGAAAAGUGGUGUACAGCUGGAGAAUGUACCAGUAUAGCCUCGUCGGCUGAACACUUAUCGGGUGAAUGGAGCUCCUGGGGAACCUGCAGCAGAACAUGUAGCACAGGAAUAAGCAGCAGACAGCGGAAAUGCCAAAGUCAAGGCAAUGAAGGACGACAAUGCAAUGAUCCCAAGAUACAGCACAGAAUUUGUGAAAAUCCUGAAUGUCCUGCAAAUACACCCAAUUUUAGGGACUGGCAGUGUCAAACUUUCAGCUUUCGAACUUCAUAUCAGAAGAAUAAACACCAAUGGCAAUCAAUUAUAAAUGAAGAAAAGCCUUGUGCUCUUUUCUGUUCUGCUCUUGGAAAGGAUCAACCUAUACUUGUGGCAGAGAAAGUACUGGAUGGAACUCCUUGUGGACAGAAUGGUUUGGACAUUUGCUCAAAUGGGAGAUGUCAGAAAGUUGGCUGUGAUGGAAUAUUAGGAUCACUUUCAAGAGAAGAUCACUGUGGUGUAUGCAAUGGAAAUGGGAAAUCAUGCAAAGUAAUUAAGGGCGAUUUCAAUCACACCAAAGGGGCAGGUUAUGUGGAAGCUUUGGUUAUACCUACUGGAGCACGAAGAAUUAAAGUUGUAGAAGAAAUGCCAGCGCACAGUUAUCUAGCACUUAGGGAUGCCAGCAAACACUCAUUCAAUGAUGACUGGAAGAUAGAGGACCCAGGAACAUUCCACUUAGCUGGAACUACUGUGCAUUAUAUUCGGAGAGGUCUCUGGGAAAAGAUCUCUGCAAAGGGCCCAACAACAUCUCCCCUGCAUCUACUGGUGCUGCUAUUUCAUGACCAGAAUUAUGGUCUUCAUUAUGAAUAUACAAUACCGCUAGAAUCUGUUCCAGGCAAUCGCAUUGGUAGAACAAAUGAACCUCUGUAUAUGUGGACCCAUUCUGGAUGGGAAGACUGUGAUGCAGUUUGUGGAGGAGGGGAAAGAAAGACAACGGUGACUUGUACAAAAAUCAUGAAUAAAAAUAUAACAAACGUGCAUAAUAAACACUGCAAAGACUUGACAAAACCAGACCCCCAGAUACGCAAGUGCAACGAGCAGCCUUGCCAAACAAGAUGGAUGAUGACAGAUUGGACUCCAUGUUCCAAAACAUGUGGGAAAGGAACUCAAAGCAGGCAGACUACAUGCACAAAGCAACUUAGGAAUGGAACGCUGAUUUCAGUCCAGGAAAGGGACUGUGCUGGGCACAAACCUGCUUCUUCUCAGCGCUGUGAGGGCCAGGACUGUAUGACAGUGUGGGAGGCCGGAGUGUGGUCUGAGUGCUCACUGAAAUGUGGUAAAGGGGUACGACACCGAACUAUAAAGUGCACUAAUCCUCGAAAGAAGUGUCUUUUAUCCACAAGACCUAAGGAGAUGGAAGAUUGCGAAGAUUAUUCCAGAUGCUACAUAUGGAGAACAGGGGACUGGUCUAAGUGUUCUGUGACCUGUGGGAAAGGAAUGCAAUCAAGAGUAAUUCAGUGUAUGCACAAAAUCACAGGGAGGCAUGGGAAUGAAUGCUUCUCAUCUGAGAAACCAGCAGCUUACAGACCAUGCCAUCAGCAUGUCUGCAAUGAGAAAGUCAAUGUAAAUACGAUAACCUCACCUAGACUUGCUGCUUUAACGUUCAAGUGUCUUCAGGACCAAUGGCCAGUAUAUUGUAAAGUUAUACGUGAGAAAAACCUCUGUCAAGAUAUGAGAUGGUACCAACGCUGUUGUGAAACCUGCAGGGACUUUUACGCUCAAAAAAUGCAACAGAGAAGUUGACCUUCAUCUGAAUUGUUUUCAGUGUUGUUCAAUAUACUUAUUUAAAAAAAAAUGAAAUUACACAAACACACACGGAUGCUAGUUAUAACAACCAAAAUAUUUGCAGAUGUCCUAUAAUUUAAUCAAAUUAAUUUAUUUUGGAUCUUCAGCGUUACAAUAGUUAUACACACAAAGCUCACAUAAUGUAUGGUAAAGUGCACCUUUCUGUUUCAACUGGUAACAGAAGUUUACUUGGUAAUCCAGCCACGUCUAUUUAUUUAGGCUGAAAUGCUACUGGCCAGUACAGCGAUAGGCUGGAUUCUCCCUUGGCUCCACAAACGUAACGGUGACCUUAUAAAUUAUUGGCUCGUAGUGAAUCAGAAAACAGAGGAAAUACUUACUUUUUCCAACAUACUUAUUUUUAAGCUAAAAUUGAACAAUAUGGCGGUCAUAUUACAAAUAUUGUGCUAGUUUUUGAUGCAAGAACACUAGUACAUAAAAUCUGCACACAGUUAAUAUUAUGCAAUCUUGCUCUGAAACAUUUUUGUUCUCCCAAGAAUGCACUAUACUGUUGCAAAUGAGUCUCACUUAACUUUAAAAGCAACACAGUGGCAUUUAUAAGUAUGACUAAGCAGCUCACGUUAGAAAACUGUUUUUAAUAAUAGAAUCAAAUACAAAAUGUAGAUAUAAAUGUACCUGUAUAACAUUAGUUUAAUUGUACUGGGAAAGUUGUGCAAAAUGAUAGGCCAAGGUAAUUAGAACAUUUUACUUUAUUUCCAUUUGAAAACAUUGUUUCUUGCACAAGUAUGGGAUCAGUUAUCUAGAAACCCAUUAUCCAGAAAGCUUCAAAUUAUGGGAAGGUAAUUUCCCAUAGAC